UACUGGACUGCUCAGCUUUACUGUGAAUGGCAAGGAAGUAGCAAACAAAUUCCAGGUUGAACCUGGGACGAAGUUGUAUCCAGCUGUCUUUUGUGAACCAACCAACAAUGAAAUGUUCCAGUUUGAACUGGGGAGAACAAAGACAACUCUCCCAUUGUCUGCUGCUCUCUUCCGUGGUGCCAAAGACCUCAUACCUCAGUGUCCAUCACGUCUGGAUGUCCAGCUGCUGGUGCCACACCGCUGGUCAAGUGUUCCCAAUAAGUCACUCAAGGUCAACACGCUCAAACUAUCCGAGAUUAGAGGCUGGAGCAUGCUUUGUGAGAGCCCAGUUGCCAUGCUUGGUCUUCAUAUACCAGAAGAAGACAGGAGUCUGGACAUUUUGGAACUGAUAGAGCAUACAGAGGCUCUUAAGUUCCACGUGCAUACAUUGGAACUGUACAGAGCUAUAUGUUCCCAUGGCAACCAUAGAGCAGCAUAUGAACUAACCAAACACGUUGAUGAACGCCAGUUGAUGUACUGCAUACAAAGUGAAUACCUGUCAGGGGCCCUGAGGAUGGGUUUCCAUGAUCUGCUGAUAUCUAUGCAUCUAGAAUCUCAUGCUGUCACAAGGUUGAUGACCCAAAACGAAUUUAUCAUCCCUCUGGUGGCGGAUCCCAAACCAUUGUAUCAAUUUGUUGACAAGGACAAGGAAAAAGAGCGACAGUCUAUUCCCAAACUGGAGCGCAGUGUCUCUAUUCGGCCUCAUUUACAGUUGGAAGGGGAGAGCAAUGUGGGCUCCAUGAACCUUGGUGUCCCAGAAGGCGUCACGCCCCCUGCCCCCAUGGCUGCACCCCCCUUCUACCUAGGAGCACUGAAAGAGCACACCAUGCACUCCCUGGUGAUGGCCGUCAAGACAGGAGGACCCCAUAUCAGGGAUCCCAUUGGAGGCUCACAGGAAAACUUGUUUGUGCCUCUCUUGCGUCUAAUAGAUCGUCUGCUGGUGAUGGGAAUGUGCACAGAGGAGGACCUCCAUCAGUUGUUUGUGCUCAUAGAUCCACAUACAUUUGACAAGGAAAGAAGUUUCUGUGCAGAGGGACUGUUGCAGAUGAAAUUAGCAGAGCCUGUCAAAUUGGAGAUGUGUCACCUGCUGAAACACCUUUGUGACUGCCAGCUUCGUAAAAGAAUGGAAUCCAUUAUGUCUUUUGCAACAGACUUCUGUGCAGCUGUUCAAAAUGACCAGAGAGUUAGAUACAACUAUAUCAAGCAGUCAGAUCUUCCACCAGCCAUUGCUGCCAAGAAAACUCGAGAGUUCCGCUGUACCCCUCAAGAGCAGAUGAGGUCCUUGCUGAACUUUAAAAGUGAAGAGGAUGAAGAUGGAGGCAUGGUGUGUCCCUGCAGUGAUGACCUGAAGGAGAUCCUGAAGAACUUCCAUAAUGAACUCCUGGAGCACUGUGCUGUCCCCUCCAGCAAGGAGGAGAAAGAGACUGAGGUUGAGGCCGUGGAGCCCCCACCUGCUUCUUCAUGGCAAGAUAAAAUUCUGCAACUUGUUGCCAAGAAAAGGGAAGAAAAGAAAGCAGAAACAGAUGAAGGCAAAAAGCAGGGAGAAAAACCUGAUGAAAUCUUGGGUUGGUCAGGAUCUCUACAGAAUUUGAUUUCCAAUACAAUGAGAAAAUGGGCCGAAGAAGAUUUCAUAACUGACCAGAGCCUGGUGCAGGAGAUGUUUAGCCUGCUCUAUAGACAAUACGAUGGCAUUGGAGAGGUCCUGAGAGCUAUAUUGAAAACAUACGUAAUAAGUGCUGCCAGCACCCAUGACAUCAACAACUUGGUGAAGGCUCUUGGGAACAUACGAGCCCUGCUAAAUGUACAGGUGGCGCCACAGGAAGAAGAGACACUGAAGAGCAGCAUCAAGGAUCUCCUGGACAACAAGGUGUUCUUCCAGCACCCAGACCUGAUGCGUGCCCUGUAUGUCCACGAGACUGUGAUGCAACUGAUGGUGAAUACGCUGAAUAAACAGCAGCAGCAGCAGGCGGCCGGUGGCGGGGAGGUGAAGAGAGAUGGAGACGUGGAGCAACCAGUGGAUAACUCCACAGACAUGGUGGUGAUGUGUUGCCGUUUCCUCUGCUAUUUUUGCCGCACAAGUCGCCAGAACCAGAGGGCCAUGUUUGAUCAUCUCAGCUACCUGCUAGAAAACAGCAGCAUGUUGCUAGCUCAUCCAUCUCUCCGAGGCUCCUGUCCCCUGGACGUGGCUUACUCCUCUAUGAUGGACAACAACGAGCUGGCCCUGGCCCUCAGAGAGUCCCACCUGGAGAAGGUGGCCGUCUACCUGUCCAGAGCCGGCGUCCAGUCCAACUCAGAGCUGCUGGCCAAGGGAUACCCAGACAUUGGCUGGGACCCUGUGGAAGGAGAGAGGUUUCUGGACUUCCUGCGCUUCUGUGUGUGGGUGAAUGGUGAAAGUGUGGAAGAAAACUCCAACCUUGUCGUACGUCUGCUGAUCAGACGUCCAGAAUGCCUGGGGCCUGCUCUGAGAGGUGAAGGCGGAGGUCUUCUGAAGGCAAUGAAAGAUGGAAUCAGAAUGUCGGAACAGAUCGCUGCCUCUAGAGACAGCAUGUCUUCAGGUUUUCUGGCAGCCAUUAAUGAUGACAACGACACAGAAUUCUUGAGACAGAGUGAGGAGAAAAACAGGCAUAUAUUUCUAACCCAUGAUGGAGUUAAAUAUGACUUCUCAACUCUGCCACCUGAAGAUGACGAGGAUUAUAUAGACAUGGGAGGAGCCAUCUUGGAUUUCUACUCCGCCUUGGUUGACCUCCUGGGGCGCUGUGCUCCAGAUGCAGAGAUUAUUAAAUCUGGUCGCAGUGAUUCACUGAGAGCACGCGCCAUCUUGAGAAGCUUGGUGUCAGUUGAGGACCUGGAAGGUGUUCUGGGCUUGAAGUUUAUUCUGCCUAUUACAAGUCAGUCUGAUGAUGGUGAGGCUAAGCAGAGCGAGGGCAGUCUUCCCCCAGGGUUGCUCCCCCAGCACAAGUCUGCAGUGGUACAGUUCUUAGAGAGAGUCUAUGGCAUACCAGACCAGUCCACCUUCUUCAGACUCCUGGAGGAUGGCUUCUUGCCUGAUCUCAGAGCUGCUACAACACUGGACACGGCUGCUGCUUCUGACAGUGAUAUGGCUUUGGCGUUGAACAGAUAUCUAUGUAACUCUGUCCUACCACUGCUGACUGCCUAUGCCCACUUCUUUGAUGAUGCUGACCACGUGUCUUCCUUACUGGACUCCACACUGCACACAACAUACAGGCUGUCCAAGUGUCGAUCUCUCACCAAGAACCAGAAAGACCUUGUCACAGAGUUCUUGGUGUCUUUGACUGGUCACUUGAGACCACCCAUGAUGACCAAACUUUUGAGAAAGCUGACUAUUGACUUGCCAGGAUUAAAUGAAAACACAGUGGUACCACUGAGGGUUUUGACCCACCACUAUGAGCGCUGUGGUCGUUACUAUGGCACUGGCGGCUGGGGCAGCUGGGGUGCAGCAACAGAGGAGGAAAAGAAACUCACCAUGAUGCUGUUUACUUUGAUCUUUGAUUCAUUGGCACAGCGGGCAUAUGAUCCAGAAUUGUUUUCAAAAGCUCUUCCAUGCCUGUCAGCCAUUGGCUGUGCCCUGUCACCUGACUACUCCCUGUCCAAUCAAGAUGAGCCGUGGCUUAAGGAUGCAUCAUUGGAUACAGAUGGGAUGUACAACCCCCAACCAGUAGAAACUACAAGAAUAUCACUUUCAUCUCCUCUGGAGUCUGUGGCCAGGAAGUUUGCUGAGCACUACCAUGACUCAUGGGCCGUAAAGAAGUUUGAUCAAAGUUGGGUGUAUGGGCCAGCCUAUGAUGAGGAUAACAAAAUACAUCCAAAUCUCAAACCAUUCUCUAUGUUGAACAACAAGGAUUCUGUCAGAUGUCUGGAGCCAGUGCGUGAGAGCAUGCGCGCCAUGUUGGCAUGGGGCUGGACGUUGGAUGUAGAUCAGAACCGCCUGACUUCUGGUGGCAGCCUCAAGAGGAGAGGAUCCCGGGUCUCUGUGGACUCCCAGAAUUACAACCCUCGUCCUGUUGACCUACGUAAUCUGACCUUGACCAGAGAGAUGCAAAAUAUGGCGGAGAGGCUGGCAUCCAACUCACAUGAUGUCUGGGCAAGAAAGAAGAAAGAUGAAUUAGAUGCUAUUGGUGGCGGUAUUCACCAGCAAGUUGUUCCCUUUGACAUCCUGACAGACAAAGAGAAGAGGCCCCACAGAGAGAGAGCCCAGGAGCUGCUCAAGUUUCUACAGAUGCAGGGCUAUAGACUGCAGAGCAACGACAUGGCUGACAAUAGGAAAAUGAGCGUAGCGGGCCCCAGGACUGUGUCUAAUUCCAGACAAAGUAAGGACUCGGAGGCAGACAGCGGGGUGGGCGUCUCAGCAACUGAGAAAAGAUUUGCUUACUCCCUGCUUGAGAAGCUACUGGAAUAUGUGGAUAAAGCUGCUGUGAACCUGAAUACUCUGAAACCAAGUAGCCGUUAUAGUAGGAGAGAAAGUUACACCAUGGCAACUGAAGAUGUUAAAUUCUUUGGAAAGGUGGUCCUCCCAUUGGUGGAGAAGUAUUUCCGUGCCCACAAAGUGUACUUCAUAGCUGCCCCAGGGAUGCCACAGGCCAGUGUUGGCAUGGCCUCUGUCAAGGAGAAAGAAAUGACAGCAAGUCUGUUUUGCAAGCUUGCCUACCUUCUGAGACAGAAGAUCACAGCAUUUGGGCAUGAUGUUGACAUAGCAGUCAGGUGUCUGCAGGUUUUGGUUCAUGCUAUCGAUGCAAGAUCUGUGGUGAAGAACAGCCCAGAGAUAGUCCGCUCCUCCCUCCUGCCAUUUUUCAACAAUGCAGCAGACGACCUGUACCAAGUGGUCCACAAUAUAAAGAGUGGGCGAUUUAGCCAUGUGAAAGGAACCAUCUCCAGGGGCGCCACCAGUCUCAACUAUGUCCACAUGGUGCUGCUGCCAGUGCUGUCCUCUAUGUUUGAUCAUCUUGGUUCUAAUAAUUAUGGAGCAGACUUGCUGGUUGGAGAGAUGCAGCUUGCCAGUUAUAAAAUCCUCAAUGCCUUGUACACCCUAGGCACCAGUACAGCAGCAUGUGUGGAAAGGAUCUAUUUGCUGGAAGAAAUGAACAGGCAUCGUCCUCUCCUGGGUGAGUGUAUCGCCUCCUUUGCCAGCACAUUCCCAGUGGCGUUCCUGGAACCCCAGCUGAACAGGUACAAUAAACACUCCAUGUUGUAUGGAAUCACGGAGGAGAGGAUAGCAGAACACUCCCUGGAGGCACAAGAUGUCAUGAAGCAGCUAGCAGACAACCUUCCGACUCUGGACAAGAUUGUUGCUGAGAUAGAAGAACUGGCAGAGUCCGGCGGCAAAUAUCAAGAGGCUCCUCACGUCAUUGAGGUCACUCUGCCCAUGCUGUGCAGCUACUUGCCUUUCUGGUGGUCCCAGGGGCCAGAUAAUGUCAACUUGACUGAAGGUCAGGACUAUGGCUCUGACAGAAGAAACAGUUUGCAGUUUGACACCUCUUCCAGCAACCAUGUUACCACGGUAACGGCACAGCUGAUGAAUGCGGUACUGGGAAAUGUGCUGAAGCUGAUUAAGAACAAUGUGGGGACACCUAACGCCCCCUGGAUGAACAGGAUUGCAACACGUACCCAACCAAUUAUUGCUAACUCCACCCUGGAGAUGCUGGAGGAGCACAUGCUCCCCCUGGCAGAGAAAAUCACAGAUAACCGCCACAAGGUGGAGCUCCUGGAGGAACAGUACAAUGCCAUCAAGAGGAACCAGCAGGACAUAGACUCUGAGAUUGAGGAACAGCUACAUGAUGCAAUGCACAUCCUGGUACGAGAUAUCUAUGCCUUCUUCCCUCUGUUGAUCAAGUAUGUGGACCAGCACAGGUCUCACUGGCUUAGAAACCCCACAGUGGGUGCAGAGAAGCUGUACACAUGUAUUGCUGAAAUCUUCACCUACUGGACCAAGUCACCUUUUUUCAAGAGAGAAGAGCACAACUUUGUCACCCAGAACGAGAUCGACAACAUGGCAUUAAUCAUGCCCAGUCAGCAAGGAAAAUCCCUCCAGGUGGUGCGAGCAGACAGUGGCAACCAGAGUCAGGACCAAGAGAGCACAGUUCCCAAGUCUGGCAGGAAGAAGCACAAGCCAAAGAUGGACAGCUACACCAGCUUGAAUGUGGCCUGUUUGAAGAGGCUUCUACCUAUAGGGUUGAACCUGUUUGGAGGCAGGGAGCAAGAGCUGGUUCAACAAGCAAAGGAUAAGCUGAUACAGAAGGAACCGGAGGGAGACAUUGAGGAAUUUCUCAAGUCCAGUCUGAUGCUUGAGGAUGAGAAUGAAGAGAAUGACAACAAAUGGCAGAAAGUUCUAUACAAGAAGAUUGGCCGCACCAAGUUUGCAGGAGUGGUGGAGAUGACACUGGACCAUGCUGUGGAGAGGGUGAUGUCAAUGGCAAGAGUUCUCCAUGGCUUGCACCUGGUUGAACACCCGCCCCCGUCCCAUAAGGGUGCCUGGCGGAAGGUCAUCUCAACCCAGAGGAAGAGAGCAGUCAUGGCCUGCUUCAGAAUGGUGCCACUUCAUAACCUGCCAAGACAUCGUGUGAUCAACCUGUUCAUGAAGGCAUACAAAGAACAGUGGCUGAUAAUGGAAGAUAUUGGUCAAGUCAGGCUUAUAGAGGACCUCACACAUUCAGAAGAAGAAGAUAUAGAGAAAAAGGAAGAAGAGGAAGAAGAAAAACCAGAUGCCUUAACACAGUUGGUGACUGCCUUGAGUCGUACUGCCACCACGGAGCAGGAUACACUUCAGGAAAACUUCCUCUACAUGUCCUUUGCACAAAUCAUGAGCAAGAGUUGCAGCGGUGAAGAUGAAGAUGAUGAUGAUGAGAAUGAAGAAGACCCAGGAGCCUCUUUCCAGGAGCAAGAGAUGGAAAAACAGCAGCUUUUGUUUGAACAGUCACGCCUUGCUGACCGUGCAGCUGCAGAGAUGAUGCUUCUUUACAUCAGUGCUAGUAGAGGUGCUUGGACAGAUAUGGUGAUAAACACUAUUGAUCUAGGCAUCUCCUUGCUCCGUGGAGGUAAUGAAGAAAUUCAGUCGCGUAUGCUGACACAUCUGAGAGAAAAGAAAGAUGUCGGAUUCUUCACCUCUAUUGCUGGAAUGAUGCAGAGAUGCAGUGUAUUGGACCUGGAUGCCUUUGAGAGGAACAAUAAGGCAGAAAGCCUGGGUGUUGGCAGUGAGGGGGCAGCAGGCGUCAAGAAUCUCCAUGAUGCUGAGCAGACGUGUAAACUAUUCCGUUUCUUGCAGUUACUGUGUGAAGGGCACAACCUUGAGUUCCAGAACUACCUGAGAACACAGGCUGGGAACAAUACAACAGUCAACAUCAUCAUCUGCACUGUGGAUUAUUUACUUAGAUUACAGGAAUCAAUUAUGGACUUCUACUGGCACUACUCAGGCAAAGAUGUCAUUGAUCCAGCUGGCAAGGACAACUUUGUCCGCGCCAUCAAGGUGGCCAAGCAAGUGUUCAGGACACUCACUGAGUAUAUACAGGGUCCCUGCUCACAGAAUCAGCUGGCCUUGGCCCACAGUAGAUUGUGGGAUGCAGUUGGAGGAUUCCUCUAUAUCUUUGCUCACAUGCAGGAUAAAUUGUCCAAGGAUCCAGAACAACUUGAACUCCUCAGAGAAUUUAUGAAACUACAAAAAGAUAUGAUGAUUAUGUUGCUAUCCAUGUUGGAAGGGAAUGUCAUGAAUGGACCCAUUGGAAAACAGAUGGUGGACACUUUAGUGGAGUCAUCUGCCAAUGUUGAGAUGAUCCUCAAGUUUUUUGAUAUAUUCUUGAAAAUGAAGGAUAUGACAACUUCAGAGGCCUUCUUGGAAUUUGAUACAAACAAAGAUGGAUGGAUAUCUUGCAAAGAAUUCCGUCGAGCUAUGCUGGAUCAAAAGAUGUAUAAAAG